CAUCGAACCAGUUCUCUCUCUACUGCAAGUCCAAUACUUGACACAAGCACACAGCGAUCAGAAAUCACUUUCCACUCUCGACCAACUCAGCAAGGAGAAGAAGGAGAAGAGAUGGCUGCUGGAGCGAAGGCAUCGUGGAUGGUGGCGAUGAGCGUGGGCGCGGUGGAGGCGCUCAAGGACCAGGCCGGACUCUGCCGAUGGAACUACACGCUGAGAUCCAUCCACCGGGCCGCCAAGGCCAAGGCCAGCACCCGCAGCGCUGUCUCCCAGGGCAAGAAGCAGCUUCCGGCCUCUGCAGCGGCGGUGGCAGAGCAGCGGCGAGCGCACAAGGCGGAAGAAGGGCUGAGGACGGUGAUGUACCUCAGCUGCUGGGGACCCAAUUAG